AUGUGCAAACGUCGAGCGAAAAGUUUGUUAUUUUGGCCAGGCAUGCUGUCUGAUCUUACCGACAAGAUAACAAAAUGUGGAGUUUGUCAAAAAUACUCACGAAAACAACAGAAAGAGCCGUUGAAACCCCAAAAAACACCAACUAGACCAUGGAAACAUACAGCCAGUAAUUUGUUCUAUUUCCAUUGCAAAGACUAUUUGUUAAUAGUAGAUGCAUACUCAGGCUUUUUUGAAGUCGACAUGUUAGAAGACACAAGCUCAGAAACCGUCAUAAAACACAUUAAACGAUCAUUUGCCCGUCAUGGUAUCCCGGAAACACUCCUAACAGACAACGGUCCACAAUUUACAAGUCGUAAAUUCAAGGAUUUUAGUAGAAAGUGGACAUUUACCCAUAAAACGUCAAGUCCCAACUACCCAAGAUCAAACGGUCUUGCUGAAAGAACCGUUCAAACAGUUAAGAAUUUGUUAAAGAAAGCUAAGGAGGCUGGUCAGUGUAGAAUCAAGGAUGGUUAG